AGCCUUGGGGGCUAUUGUAUAGUGUAGAGGUGGCGCCAGCUUUAAAUCGACCCUAUACUAUCCGACUGACUCCAUUAUAUAGUUAGUGUACAUGAUUUGUUUAACAUUAAAACGUUUGUAGUACACUACACAACACACACUAAAGAGGGCCGCAAUUUUUUUUGUACGAGCAAAAUUAAACAGUCUUAUGAAGUGAAACUAUGUUUAACAACAAAUCAUUUGGAUACUUUACCAGUUUAUAUUAAGUGCAAAUCACACUGUCAGAAAUGGAUUAUUAAUCUUUAAAGCAAGACAUAAUAGACAAAGCUGGAGAAAUUUAUAGAAAUAAAUAUUAUUUCACGGAUUUAACAAUAAAACAGUAGAUAGACACGUUGACUGCCGGGCUCGAUGUUUGCUAUCAGUUUGAUGCAUAGGAAUCGUAACACGGAUUUCACUUAGACAUCUGUCAACAAAACCGACCAUUCCUUUUAGAUGUAUCUAACUACCCAAGAGACAAAAGUAUUUCAUUAUUCUACUAGACAGAAAUUAACGCCCUACAAUACUGUUUUAUCAUUUCUAUACGGUAUGACACAGCAGUGAAGUUCAAAUAUUUUUUCUCGGAAAAGCAAUAAUUACAGUUGCCAACAAGAGAACAUAAAAAAAUCUCAUUGUGAUUCAGAUUGUUACCAUUGUGGAGAUUUUUUAUGACAUGAAAACUGAAGUGAAUUUUCAAAAUUAAUUAUUGUCAUAGCAACAGAUGUUUUUAUAUUGACUUGUGAACAUACACUUCUAUGACACAUCAGUGAAUUCAAUUACGUAUCAUAAACAAGGCUGUGUUUUCUUACAAAAAGUAACAAGUGAAAUUAUGUUAUAUGGGGAAUCGUGACCAAAUGAGGGCAAAGAAAAACUUGUUUCAGCAUGUCAGGAUGAAAAGGUUCAAUCCCAGUGGUGCUACGUAUCCAGACCCAUCUAAGCCACCAGAUGGGGAGAUCCAGAGUAAUGUCACCGAUGGAUCUAAACGUGUGAAGACAUCUACGUCAUUUGAAAGCUUGUUUGACAGUGAGACACUGAGUGAUUUAACGAUCAAUGUCAACAAUGGUCAACAUGUGUUCAAUGCUCAUAAAAUGAUUAUCGGUCUCAAAAGUGACAUACUGGCGGCCAUGUUGAAUGAGCUUACACCUGGCUCAUCAGAGGGUGAAAAACCUACCCUUUGUGUUCAGGAACCAGAAGAAUGUGCUAAUGUGUUCUCCCGCUUUUUGUAUUUCAUUUACAGCGGCACAGUGUGGUUACAUCGGGACUAUGUUAUAGCAUUGCAGCGAUUGGCAGAUAAAUAUGAAAUACAAGCGUUAUUACAACAUUGUGAAAACUAUAUAACGCAGAUUCUAAAUAACACGCUAGCUGGCUGUGACAUUCCGACGCGUGGAUUUCCAGUCGAGACUGUGUGCAUGCUUCAAGAGGAUGCAUUACAAUCUACAGAAGUGAAGGACCUUGCAUUUAAAGUGCUAUGUUUUUGUUUUCGCGAUGUAGCCACAUCGGAAAGAUGGCCAAUGUGUUCAUGGCAACUAGUCUGUGAUCUUCUCAAAAGUGAGUACUGUCAAGCAGAAGAGAAUGUAAUUCUUACGUCUGCUACUGACUGGAUGAAGAAAAAUAAUCUCAAUGACAAAGCAAGAAUAGAGGAUAUAUUAAUAAACAUAAAAUAUCCGCUGCUUCAUAAAAGAGUGCUAUACAUGAUGCAGAAAAAUGGUGCAUUUAAAAACUUUCCACGAGUGCAGGAGUUAUUAAAUAACGCUGUGAAAUAUCACUGUUUCAAAGACAUUCCGGAGGCUCAUGACGACUUUGUUGGACCUCAAUUUACUCCGCGGAGACGAUUACCUCCGAUAUUUGCCGGUGAAAACAACAACUAUGCAGUGGAAGCUAGUCCAACGUCAAUGAGAUACUCGGACACAUCAAGCAGAGAGGAUGUUUCGUAUCUCAGUUCAGCAGAUGCCACUUUUACAAAUGUGGCUGGUCACCCAAAUGACACUGGCUCAUUCUAUGUUAACAAAGCACCUAGAUGAUACAGAUGAACUUUCAAUGGGAAAAUAAAAUAUUUUACAGAUUUUCAAUUCAAGUUUCCUAUAUUUAUUGACGUUUCUAUAAAUGUAAAAUUUGACCUAAUAAAUUAGUCUCUUUUAUUAUUAUGUAAAAUUUGACAUUAUAAAUAAGAAAAUACUGUUUUUGGAUAGAACUUGAGUAACUGGAAAGGUAUAUUUGUUUGCAUAAAAUUUCAUAUUCAAUAUUUAAGUAAAAAUUAGAUUGAUUUUGUUAUUCAUAAAAAAUUGUAAUGAAUCUGGAGGUGUGCUGCUUUAAAAGUUUUAAAUGAGCUGCACCUUGUAUGUAUAUAUGCCAAUUUAUGACUGAAAAUAGUGCUUUUAUUUCAGUACUCGUUUAAUAUAUGAGUUGUUUGUACAGAGGGUGCCAUGUGAUAAUAUAAAUUGUGAAUUCCUAGAUAUUUGAUGUCAAUUUUCUGACUUUGUUAACAAAAUAUUAUAAUUCCAUUACAAAAUAUCACAGGUAAUGGGUAGAACGACCAGGACUCAAACAAUUGAGAUAAUUGGAAUACUAACAUAAUCUACCUUAAGACACUGACUUACAUAUUUUCUCCCAAUGAACAAUUCUAUUCUGUGACAUAAAUAACGUAGCACAGGAGCAUUAAAACCAAACCAUAUCAACGUACAAUGUGUUUCUGUAAGCUGACAAUAAAACUGUUUUAACGGGGUUCAUAUAAUAUAAUUACAUGGCCUCUUUUGUCAUGACAACUCAUAACCAUUUCAUGUUAAUUUAUCUAUUUUUACAACAUUUUACAACUUACUGCUACUUGAUCUCAUUAUGCAAAUGAGUUGAAACUUUUUUUGUUAAUAUUUCGAAAAAUAAUUAAAAUUUUGCUGCGUUAUCUUGAUAAUGCAGACUUGAUCUUUCAUUUGGUGUUUCAAAUUUGAUUGAAAUCUUUAACAAGACAUUAUAAAAACACCCGUAAAGCUCAUAAAGUCAUUAUUAAUAUGACUUAUUUCUUGCUUAAAUUGAAAAAAAAACUAUCCUGGAAUGUUGGUGAUUCAACUUAAAGGGACUUUACUGAGGUCAAAAAGCCUAAAAUACAUAAUUUGAAAUUCUUAUAUAGAAUAAGUGAAUCACUUAAAAUAAAUCAUAGAUUUUUUUUUGAUCCUUAGACCAAUUUGAGCGAAAAGCAUUGCAUCAUUUUUCAUUUUUGAGUCAUUUUGCGCGUUAAAAAUGAUUAUUCCAGAAAAAACAGGUGAAGGAAUGAUCUGAAAAUUUGUACACAUGUUAUUGGUCUAGACGUCAUCAACUGGUAUAUACAAAUAUGAGAAAAAUAUUUCAAGUCUGUCAUGUCAAAAAUCCUCAGUGGAGUCCCUUUAAUAUUAAUAUAUUUUCGCUUAAUACAUACUGGUUAAUAUCAAGGUGUUUUUUGUUUUCUUGCUUGCAUUUUCAUAUGAGAAGAAAACUGAAAUGUUGUAAAGUAAUAAUUGUCAUGUCUAUUCCAAUGUUGAACAUAAAUGUUCUUGUUAAUUUGUUCAUUCUUUUUCUCAUUUGUUAUAAAUAAAACUAUUAAAACAUUUGAAAUACUUA